UCUAUAUUAUUGGUUGAUUUCAUCUCCACGGCUUCAGAAAAUGACCAAUAUAGUAGCCAUUAUCAGUUUUUCUCUCAUCUUGAUUGUGGUACUGAUGAAAAUAGUGAGGAAUCAUAAGAAAACAAAACCAACUCCAAAUGUACCUCCAGGGCCAUGGAAGCUACCUGUUAUAGGAAAUGUACACCAAAUUAUUACAUCCGCACCACAUAGAAAAUUGAGAGACCUAGCCAAAAUCUAUGGACCUUUGAUGCAUCUCCAACUUGGAGAAGUCACCACAAUUAUUGUUUCCUCACCCGAGUGUGCUAAAGAGAUAAUGAAAACUCAUGAUGUGAUCUUUGCAUCAAGGCCUCGUGGUGUAGUUACAAACAUAUUGUCUUAUGAAUCCACAGGUGUUGCUUCUGCACCUUUUGGAAAUUAUUGGAGAGUGCUACGAAAGAUGUGCACCAUAGAGCUUUUGUCCCAAAAACGUGUCGAUUCAUUCCAGCCAAUAAGAGAAGAAGAACUCACUACUCUCAUCAAAAUGUUUGAUUCUCAAAAAGGGUCACCCAUCAACCUCACUCAAGUAGUACUUUCAUCAAUAUAUUCUAUCAUUUCAAGAGCUGCUUUUGGCAAGAAAUGCAAAGGCCAAGAAGAAUUCAUAUCAUUGGUGAAAGAAGGACUCACAAUAUUGGGUGAUUUUUUUCCUUCUAGUAGAUGGCUUCUACUUGUCACCGAUUUGAGGCCUCAGCUUGAUAGAUUGCAUGCACAAGUUGAUCAGAUUCUAGAAAACAUCAUCAUUGAACAUAAAGAGGCAAAGUCAAAAGUAAGAGAAGGCCAAGAUGAAGAAAAGGAAGAUUUGGUAGACAUUCUCCUAAAACUUCAGGAUGGUGACGAUAGUAACAAGGAUUUUUUCUUAACUAAUGACAAUAUCAAGGCUACAAUCUUGGAAAUCUUUAGUGCUGGGGGUGAGCCAUCAGCAAUUACCAUAGAUUGGGCAAUGUCUGAGAUGGCAAGGGAUCCAAGAGUGAUGAAGAAAGCACAAGAUGAAGUGAGAAUGGUAUUCAAUAUGAAGGGAAGGGUUGAUGAAACAUGCAUCAAUGAACUCAAAUAUUUGAAAUCAGUUGUGAAAGAAACCCUAAGAUUACACCCUCCAGGUCCUCUUUUACUUCCAAGAGAAUCAACACAAGAAUGUAAGAUUCAUGGGUAUGACAUACCCAUCAAAAGCAAGGUAAUAGUUAAUGCCUGGGCAAUUGGAAGAGAUCCAAACUAUUGGAAUGAACCAGAGAGGUUUUAUCCAGAAAGAUUCAUUGAUAUCUCUAUUGACUAUAAAGGGAAUAAUUUUGAGUACAUUCCAUUUGGUGCUGGAAGAAGAAUAUGCCCUGGCAGCACAUUUGGUUUGGUAAAUGUUGAGAUGGCACUUGCAUUGUUCUUGUAUCACUUUGAUUGGAAGCUCCCCAAUGGAAUACAAAAUGAAGACUUGGACAUGACUGAGGAAUUUAAAGUGACUAUUAGAAGAAAAAAUGACCUGUGCUUGAUUCCUGUAUCUCCUCCUUGUUCUGUGGUUGCAAUGUAUAGCUCAUAAGCUAAAAUUAUAACCUUUGAAUAUGUUAUUUCCCAUUUGUUCUUGCAAUAAAAAGCUUUUAGUUUGUCCAAAGGUA